GAACUCUUUUCGGCGAUGAAGACUUUAAUCUACUGUGCAAUCCUUGGCAUCGUUGUGGCCGACCGCCGCAACGGAUUCAACGGAAACGGAAACGGCAACGGUAACGGUUACGGAGCACCUCCUCCUCCCACCAACGGAUACGGUGCACCCACUAACGGAUUCAACGGAAACGGAAACGGUAACGGUAACGGUUACGGAGCACCUGCUCCUCCUAGCAACGGUUAUGCAGCUCCCAGGAACACCUAUAGCACGCCCAACGGCGCCUACGGAGUAGACCCUGAGAUUGCCGCUUUGGCCGAGAACAUUCCCGGGGGCGGUGUCCCCGGUGAGGACUAUCCCAUCUUGGCUUCCGUGCCCGACACCGGCUUCUCGUGCGAUGACCAGGCGGUGCAAGGUUAUUACGCCGACACUGCAGCUGAAGCCGGCUGCCAGGUGUUCCAUAUCUGCCAGGACCGCGCCCUCAGGCGCCAACAGGACUCGUUCCUGUGCCCCAACGGUACCAUCUUCAACCAGCAGUACCUGGUAUGUGACUGGUGGUUCAACGUGGACUGUUCUCAAGCUGAGAGCUUCUACUCCGUCAACGAACUCAUCGGAGUCGUUCCCGACGCCGGAUACGCCUAUGGACCCGCCACCAACGGAAACGGUAACGGCUAUGGCUCCAACGGCAACGGAAGGAACGGAAACGGCAAGAACGGAAGCAAUGGAUACGGCUCCAACGGAAACGGAAGGAACGGAAACGGCAAGAACGUAAGCAAUGGUUACGGCUCCAACGGAAACGGAAGGAACGGAAACGGAGGCAGCAACGGCAAUGGGUACGGUACCACUCCUGCUCCAAGCAACGGCUACGGUGCCCCAGUUGCCCCAUCCAACUCCUAUGGAGCUCUUUUCUAAAACUCUCGUUCCUAGUUUCUUCUCUUUAUAUUCACCCUUAGCACGAUAAUAUGAACUACCUUGUUCUCAAACAUAACCGUUCUCUUCAUUAGAAUAUUAUACAUUUUAUCCAUAACUUAUGACUGACCUAAUUGCAUUCGUUUUUGUAAAUAUCGAGAAAUUUCAAUAAAAAAAUAUUCUGGUUAAA